AUGCCGGGCCCAUUGCCGCAAGUCGCUUACAAGCGCAUUUCUAAGCCUGAACUCGGCGAAAACAACUAUCAAGGCUUCAAACCUGGCGAAGUCGAAAUUGUGAAGAAGGGAUCUCGACCGUAUGAAGGACGAGCACUCGAAAGCGACAUCCGGAUAGACCACGAUGUUGAGAUCAAGGUCCGCGACGGAUGCAGGUUGUACGCAGAUAUUUAUCGACCUGCGGAUGCGAAUGAUGACGAGAAGCUACCCGCCGUCGUUAGCUGGUCAUGUUAUGGCAAGAAGUACUCUGCGCUCCACAUGCUACCGAUGUGUGUGUGGAAAUGCUGCGUGCCCAAAGAGGCUUUAAGUGGUCUGGAGAAGUUUGAAGGCCUAGACCCCGUCGAAUGGUGCCCGCGUGGUUAUGCUAUCGUCUCUGUUGACUCUCGAGGCACAGGCGACUCCGAUGGAUCAAUUCCUCUCAUGGGCUCUCAGGAUGCCGAAGAUUGCUAUGAUGUCAUUGAAGCACUUGCGGCCAUGCCAUGGAGCAACGGAAAAGUUGGAAUGGCUGGAAAUUCCGCACUCGCUAUUAUCCAAUGGCACGUGGCCUCGCUCCGGCCACCCCAUCUUGCCGCGAUUGCGCCCUGGGAAGGAUCUGGAGACUUGUACCGUGAGCAGUUUUGCCGUGGCGGUAUCUUUUCCAUGUCGAAUUUCGAUCUCAUCACAAAGUUUAUCAUCAAGACAAACAAUCCAAAUGGUGGCAUCGAGGAUAUGGCCGAGAUGUACCGACGACAACCGCUUUCAAACAACUACUGGGCCGACAAGCGCCCGGAUAUGACGCAGAUUGAGUGUGCAGUAUACAUUAGCGGAAGUGACUUCAGCAGCAUUCACACCAUGGGUUCUGUAAGAGGAUGGCUCGAAAUCCCGCAUGAGAAGAAGUGGAUACGAUGGAGUUCAUAUCAAGAGUGGUACGAGCUUUACUGCGUCAAACACUCCCAUGACGAGCUCAAGAAAUAUUUCGAUUGCUACUUGAAGGACGAAGACAACGGCUGGGAAAGCACCCCCAAAGUGCGCUGGUCAGCUUUACAGUUCGGCGACCGCGAAGCGAUUGACAACAUCGAGUUUAGCGAUUUCCCCAUUCCUGAAACCGAGUACCGUGAACUCUACCUUUCAAAGUCAGGCGUUACUGAGCAGCCUGCUUCCACUUCCGAGAUCGUCUCGUACAACUCUGAAGACACAAAAUCGAUUGCUGACUUCACUCACACUUUCAAGACCAAGACACGACUCAUUGGUCUUCCGAAAGCUGUUCUCUAUAUGUCUUGCCCAACUCACGACGAUCUCAACGUAUUUGUGAUAUUGCGCAAGCGCGAUGUAAAUGGCAAACUCCUCAUGCACCUCUGCUUUCCCUUCUCAGCAGUGCCGACAGGCAUCAAGAGCAUCGAUGAAAUUCCAGAGAAGGACCGACAAAGCACAAAUCUGCACAUCGGAAGUGUCGGCACUCUGCGCGCUAGUCAUCGCAGAUUCCUUCCUGAGAAGGGUCGAUCCACGAGCAAUUUCCCUUCCAUCCACACGACGUUGAGGAGAAUGAUAACACCCGGCGAGGUGGUCAAACUGGAGAUCGGCAUCUGGUCGAUGGGUGUCGACUUUGAUGCAGGAGAGUCUAUCAGUGUUCAGGUCUCCGGCUCGUUCCCUGCCAUUGCUGAGUAUACUGCAUUCUCUACAGAGCGACCGGAGUAUGAGAGGAACAAGGGUGAGCACAGGAUUCACAUAGGACCUGACACCCCGAGCCGAAUAAUCCUGCCCUUUGUGCCCAUUCCGCAGGAGCCGUAGGGCAUGGAAUCGCGGUGGUGUAAAAGGUCUUUGGGACAUGUCAAGUUUUCUGGCCAGAUUUUGUCCGUGAAACGGCGAGGAAUUAGCACCAGUAGGCUAGUCUACGGAUUUCUGUCCUGCUUGGAAACCGUUCACGUAUAAUCGAACAUAUUUUGAACAUA